AGCCCCUUCUGGCUAUCUACUGCCAAGCCCGAAGGGAAACUGGCGUCAACAUCUGGGCGAGCACAUCUGGCCACGCAACGCCAAUUUCCCCCGGAUUCCGCGCGCACCCAGGAAGGCGAGCUUCCCCUCUUUUCUUGUUAAAAGCCCUCGGUCUUCCUGGAAGGGUUCCAUUUUUGAGCCGCUUUUUCACCGAAAAGGAAGCAAAGGAAACGAGCUUAGAGAGAGAAAGACAAGCCGAGGAAUCCCCAAGGCGGUUUUCCUUGCCUUUUCCUUUCCUUUCCUUUUUUUUUCCUUUCCCCCAGGGAUUCAGUUCAUGGGGAUGUGUUCAAGGCAAGAAAGGAUUCAGAAGGAUAUUGACAUAGUGAUCCAAAAGUGCAAGGUGGAAAAGGACUGCCUGUUUGCAGAUUUCAGAUACGCAGAUUCCACUUUUACCUUCACCUACAUUGGAGGAUCCAAAAGCAUAUCCUAUUCGGUGCACGUCUCUGAGGAUUACCCAGAUAACACUUAUGUGUCCAGCUCAGAUAAUGAUGAAGAUGUACUAGUAACAACAGAGCCAAUUCCAGUAAUUUUCCACCGAAUUUCUACAGAAUUGCGAAAAACCAAUGAUGUCAACUGUUGUUUGUUUAUAAAGUCAAAGUUACAAAGAGAAAAUGGAGAGGAAUCAAGACACGGUACUGUGGUUGAAGAAGAUUCAGAAGGAGACAAUGACUCUGAAGAGUUUUACUAUGGAGGGCAGGUUAGUUAUGAUGGAGAACUUCACAAACAUCCACAGUUGGAAGCUGACUUGGCAGCAGUAAGAGAAAUCUAUGGGCCAAAUGCAGUAUCUCUCAGGGAAUAUGGAGCCAUUGAUGAUGUAGAUAUUGAUCUGCAUAUUGAUGUUAGCUUUCUUGAUGAAGAGAUUGCAGUGGCCUGGGAUGUAAUCCGCACAGAGCCUAUAAUUGUGCGUUUGCACUGUUCACUUACACAAUACUUAAAUGGACCUGUGCCCACCAUUGAUGUAUUUCAGAUCUCUACUAAAGAAAGAUUUGGACUGGGGCAUCAGCUAAAGAAAAUUAUGCAAACAUUUGUUACACAGCAAUGGAAAAAUGGCAAAGAAAAAUCAAACAGUACGCACAACAAAAAACUGUCAGAAAAGAAAGUGAAAUCUCCCCUGCACAUCUUUUCUACAUUGCGCAGGUCGCCAAGUUAUCCUCCACCAGGCUGUGGGAAAAACAAAUCAAAGCUGAAACCUGAACAAGAUGGUAUCUCAAAAACCCACAAGUUAUUGAGGAGGACUUGUUCUAGCACAGUUAAAUCUGAGGACUCCUGUGUAGCAAAAUCUCACAGAACCUUUGGUCGCUCCCUGUCCAGCGAUCCUAGGGCUGAACAUACAAUGACCAUUAAGUCACACAAACUGUUGAACCACUCUUGCUCGGCAACCAUCAAGCAGGAUGAAAGCAUCACGUUAAAGUCCCACAAACUGCUGAAUAGACCAUGCUCUGGGGAUAUGCGAUGUGAGCACAACAGUACUUUGAAGCCCCACAAACUUUUAAGCAGGUCUUAUUCCAGUAAUCUUAGGAUGGAUGAAUUAGAUGGGUUGAAGAACCACAAGUUACUCAGCAAGAGUUAUUCCAGUGCCCCCAAAUCAUCUAAAAUGGAACUUUUCAAAGAACCCACAAUAACAGAGGGCAGGAGACUCUCUCUUACCUCAGGGCUUAUUGGUAUCUUAACACCAUCCACAUCUUCGCCAUCCGCUGUGCGUAAACAGUUUUCUUCUCCAAAUUAUGGUGCAAAAUGUGUUCCAAUAAGAGACCACGGCUUUCUUGUGCAGACAAUUGAAUUUGCUGAGCAGCGGAUACCUGUGCUAAAUGAAUACUGUGUAGUUUGUGAUGAACCGCAUGUAUUCCAGAAUGGACCCAUGCUCAGGCCAACUGUCUGUGAACGGGAACUGUGUGUAUUUGCUUUCCAAACUCUAGGCGUGAUGAAUGAAGCCGCAGAUGAAAUCGCAACAGGGGCUCAGGUUGUAGACUUACUAGUAUCUAUGUGCCGUUCUGCAUUAGAAUCCCCAAGAAAAGUUGUCAUUUUUGAGCCAUAUCCUUCAGUAGUAGAUCCUAAUGACUCUCAGAUGCUAGCCUUUAAUCCCAGGAAGAAGAAUUAUGACCGGGUCAUGAAAGCAUUGGAUAGCAUUACAUCCAUAAGAGAAAUGACACAGGCACCUUAUUUAGAAAUAAAGAAGCAGAUGGACAAACAAGAUCCACUUGCGCAUCCUCUACUACAGUGGGUUAUUUCCAGUAAUAGAUCACAUAUUGUGAAGCUACCUGUGAACAGGCAAUUGAAAUUUAUGCACACCCCACACCAGUUUCUUCUGCUUAGCAGUCCACCAGCCAAAGAGUCCAAUUUCAGAGCUGCUAAAACUCUUUAUGGAAGUACCUUUGCAUUUCAUGGAUCGCACAUUGAAAACUGGCACUCGAUCCUGAGGAAUGGCUUAGUGGUUGCUUCCAAUACAAGGCUGCAGCUCCAUGGUGCAAUGUUUGGAAGUGGUAUUUACCUUAGUCCAUUAUCAAGCAUAUCUUUUGGUUACUCAGGGAUGAACAAGAAACAGCAGAAGGUAUCAGCUAAAGAUGAGCCUGCUUCAAGCAGUAAAAGCAGCAGUGUAUUACAGUUACAAAAAAAGGGGCAGCAGUCCCAAUUUUUGCAAAGCCGAAAUUUAAAAUGCAUAGCCUUAUGUGAAGUGAUAACUUCACCGGAUCUGCACAAACAUGGGGAGAUAUGGGUAGUUCCCAACACUGAUCAUGUGUGUACGAGAUUCUUCUUUGUCUAUGAAGAUGGCCAAGUAGGCGAUACAAGCAUAAACACUCAAGAGCCAAGCAUCCACAAAGAGAUCCUCCGAGUCAUUGGUAAUCAAACUGCUACUGGUUGAAAGGACCUCUUAAUUACUUCUUGUGUUUUGGGAGCCUUCCUCAGUCUCAAAGCUGGAUUUUGAACUGAAGAAGACAUAGUGUAAAAAAGUAUUUCUUUUUUUUUUCUUGAACAAAUUAACCCUUUGAAUACUUUUUUCUUACUUAGUUUUUCUUAUCACAAAAAUUUAUGAAUAUAUAUAUAUACACCAAAAGUAGGGAGUAUAUAUAUAUACACCAAAAGUAGGGAGAUAUGUUGAUACAAUGCAGGUGAUAAUUGAACAGAAAAUUUUGAUUGUUCACAAU